UUUAAUGGCCGUCACUUGCACUACAAAAUGCAAGAAGUCCGGAUUAUCCACUAUAUUUAGACUAUUCUAGCUAUUGGUGCGUUUAUGUUGCUUUUCUUUGGUGACGAGCAUUGCUCUGGGGACAUAAUCGGGCUAGAGAUGUGUUUCUAGUGUUGUUUCUACUGCGUUGAACGGACUUUACCCGCUUGAUUUGUGCGCUAGGCCUAGCCGGCUGGCUAAAAAACAAGCGGACGGUUAGCUAGUCGCCGGAGUUGAAAGGUAACAGUGAGCGCUGGUACUCCUUUGUACUCACGACGACUUCAAAGCUUAACCUUUGCAUUCACAUGGAAUAUGUAACAUAAAACAUCCAACAUGACAUCCAGAUUCGGUAAAACAUACAACCGCAAGGGAGGGGAGGCAAAUUCGAAAUUUGAAGAGGUCUUUUCCAAUAAAAGGCCCACACUGACCACCAAAUGGGGUGAGACCACCUACAAGGCUCAGUUGGGGGCCAAAAGGCCUCUGUUAAAAUCUGACGUUUCUGAGCUUCCCAAAAGGCCCAGACUUGAGGAUAGUGACAGUGAAGAAGACCCAUUUGGAUUUGACAGUGACGAUGAGUCCAAGACUGUGACCUCUCAGAGUGUGUCACAGUUGAAAGUCAAUGAAGGGGAUGUGACAAAGACAGCCGCAGUGCAGGGUGGUGGGACAGCCGGUGUUGUGACUUCUGCACAAGCCUCUGCAAGCUCAACAGCAGCUUUCACAGGCAAGCAAACAUUUGAAGAGAAGGUUGUUAAAAAUAGUCAGACCUGGUACAAAAGUACAUCAGAUAGCAACCAGAAACCUGUAUGCGUGGCCUCUUCCUCAAACACAGCCCCAUCUGAUCAUAACUUCUCAGCGUUCCAGAGGCCCAUCUCUUCCUCUCCAAAUAUAGAGACCUCCCUCAAAUUGUCCACUGAUGCACCAGGUGGUAGCAGAGACUUCCAAACGUCUUCCUCUUAUGAUGGACUGCUAUCAGAAGAGAUGAAAAGUGCUGAGCUGGAGCCUCCCACAGAGCCUCCGCCAGAACGUGUGGACAACAUUCCCCCAUCCCCAUUUACCCUAAGGGCCUCUAACUGCAAGAAAUACCAGCGGCCCAACCGGCCUAACAAAACAUCCUCUGAACCUGCUGAAAACAACAGCAACAAGCCCACUGAAACAGCGGGUGCCCAAGAUAAACCCAACAGUGUCCUUUCUGCUAGUGCAAGUAGUACUGCUGCCAGUACUAAAACAGCAGCCAAGCCCGCAGGCAGGGGUGGUGGGAGGGUACGGGACUACACAGUUCUGCACCCUUCCUGUCUAUCAGUGUGCAACGUCACCAUCCAGGACUCAAUGGAGCGGAGCACUGAUGAUCUGAUCACCCCAGCUGCCCCUACUGACCUCGGAGAGGCAGGCCAGAUGAAGAAGAAGUCAGAUGCCCCACCACCAAAAUCUACCAGGUACAGACCCACCCAGACAAAGACCAAGAAAACCAAGACUGAGACCAAGCUAGAGUUCUUUGGCUUUGAGGACAAAGAGGACCAGGAGGGUGAGGAGGGGUCAGAAGGUGGCACAGCAGGCAAGAGUAGUUACAAGAUCAAGUACUUUGGCUUUGAUGACCUGAGUGAGAGUGACAGCGAUGAUGAGAGCUCUCAGGCCAAAGAAAAGAAAGCCAAGAAGGCAGCUGCAGCCUUGGCCGCUCUGAGCUCCAGUGUGGACAGCCCUCAUACCAGUGACUCUCAGGACAGCCAGGCCAGCAGCAAUACAGAUGCUUUCGACUUCUCUGAUGACUCCAGUCCUGGCGGCACUGAGGGGCAGAAAGGACGCUCAGGAAAGCAAAGUGACAAAUCCAAGGACAUUGGCAGUGGACUCAAAAAGAUCUUCAGCGGACCCAAAAAGUCUCCUGCUAAGGCUGUGUACAAUGCUCGCCACUGGAACCAACCUGAGCCGGAAGAGAUGCCCGCGCCUCCCCUUUCUCGAUCUCAAACUGCUCCAGCCAUUUUAUCGAGCAGCAGCAAGGACAGUAACUCCCAUAAAGAUGAUGGCUUGUUCAAAGCCCCCCCACCUCCGCCCAAAGUCAUUAAGUCAGAGACCAUCCCCACGCGACCCAACCAGGAUAUUGUCACGGCACUCAAAUGCCGGAAGGAGGACAAGGAGCUGUACACAGUGGUGCAGCAUGUGAAACACUUCAAUGACGUGGUGGAGUUCGGAGAGAAUCAAGAGUUCACAGAUGACUUUGAGUACCUGGAGACAGGGCUGAAGAGCAGUCAGCCACUCAACACAAGAUGCCUUAGUAUAAUCAGCUUGGCCACGAGGUGUGCCAUGCCCGGUUUCAGGAUGCACCUGCGAGCCAGAGGGAAAGUGGCGCAGGUCUUCAACAUGCUUAGUGAUGCAUCACAACACCCGAACCUUGCUCUGUGCACGGCUGCCCUGAUGUAUAUUCUGAGUCGGGAUCGUCUAAACAUGGAUUUGGAUAGGGCGUGUCUGGAGCUAAUGAUCAAGCUGCUAGAGCUGGACCAGGACUACUCAGCCCACCAGGAUCAGCUCACCGCAAAGGAAGUUGCAAAGGUCAAGGAGAAGAUCAGGAAGCUGUGCGAAACCGUGCACAACAAGCAUCUCGACCUGGAAAACAUCACGACGGGCCACCUUGCCAUGGAGACAUUGCUCUCUCUAACCUCCAAGAGAGCUGGAGAUUGGUUCAAAGAAGAACUGCGACUACUGGGAGGUUUGGACCAUAUUGUAGACAAAGUGAAAGAGUGUGCGCAGAACCUGAGCCAAGAGGACGACAAGGAGAACCUUGUAGCGUCUUUAUGGGGGGCUGAGCGGUGUCUGAGAGUUCUUGAAAGUGUGACAGUGCAGAACCCAGAGAACCAGGGUUACUUGAUUGCCUACAAAGACUCACAACUCAUUGUCUCCUCUGCCAGAGCUCUGUGGUACUGUGAGGAUAUGAUCCAGCGGUACAGCAGGGCAUUGAACAACAGCUCCCUGUCAUCAUCGAGUGCAGCGCUGCCCCACUGCAGCUUCAGUAACGUGGGCAAGGCGGUGGAGGACUGUAUGAGGGCUGUCAUAGGAGUGCUGCUCAACCUUACCCAUGACAAUGAGUGGGGAAGCACUAAAACAGGAGAGCAGGAACAGCUAAUAGUAACUGCUCUGAAUUGUGUCCUUCGAGUCCCACGCUACAUCCCCCAAGAGCAACGCUUUGACGUGCGAGUACUGGGUCUGGGUCUACUAAUUAACCUUGUGGAGUACAGCUCCAGAAACCGCCACUGUCUGGUGGACAUGGAAUACAGUGUCGACUACACCUGUCUGGAAGACAGCCUGAUGCAGCCUGCUGACCCAACACAAUCAGACACAGCGGCAGAGUUAGCACCGCCAAGCACAGCUGAGACUCAGGGAGAUGAGGCUGACAUGCCCAAACCCUCUGGUGCUCUCGCUGCACUUGUAAAGCUCUUCCUGGAGAGGGAGCGUGCUGCCAUCCUGGCUGAGGCUAAGACUGACGACCUCAUCAGUGAGGCACCCAAGCCGGCACUGGACCAAAGCGGAGAGUGGCAGGAGACGUCGGGAGAGAUCCAGUGGGUGGCAGCUGAAAACAACGACAGCCAAACUGAGAAGAAAGAGGAGGAGGAUGAAGAGUUGGACCUAAAUAAAGCUCUGCAGCAUGCAGGCAAGCAUAUGGAGGACAGCAUUGUUGCCUCCUACACCGCUCUGCUACUGGGAUGUCUCUGCCAGGGCAGCCAGAUAAAUGUGACUACUGUGAGAAAGCAUCUACCUAAAGGGGAUUUCUCCAUCAUGACAGAAAUGCUGAAGAAAUUCUUAAGUUUCAUGAACCUCACUUGUGCAAUGGGCUCCACAGGACAAAAGUCCAUCUCGCGGGUCAUCGACUACCUGGAGCACCUUUAACAGACAGCCAGACAGCGGACUCACAUUCUGACUGCACAUGAAAGGGAUCCCAGGCUGUUCUGAUAGCCCCCUACCUGACAGGAGCAACGAGGGGUCAACAAAGAGUCUCAGCAGCAUUCCGUUGACUUCACCUGAUCACCCAGCGCUGUGAUCACUCUGAGUUUUCACCGAUAAAGGCGCACCCCUGAAGUGCGUUUAAAAACACACAGAUACAAAAGUUUCACUCUUUCUCUCUCGAGCACAGCCUGAACCAAAGCCCUGCUAGCUGACAGACAUGCUGAGUCCUUCAGUUCUAUUCAACUCUUGCCACAGUUAGAGUAAGAUAAACUUGAAAGGUUCAAGAUUCAUCCUCAGGUAACUGGGAAUUAGGCAGAGGCUAGGCUAAAUCUGUCAAGUUUCUAAAUACUCUGUGGAAUGUCAAAUAUAAAGAUGGACUCAGAAGCAGACCUCCUCUUGAAACGUCCCAGAAGGUUUCACAGGCCUCUAAAGUGGAGUCUCCUGCCCACUGUCAGGUCUCGAUUCCUGGUUGCUUAGCUGGGGUAUGAACCUCUGAAUCACAUUUUAUGGAUCAUUACAUUUUAAUCUCUGCUUAUCCAUGUCAAAGCCAAGGGUGAAAUCAUUGAUUAGCAUGAAAAACAAUCAUUGUCAUGGAUGUUAGAAUGACGUCUCUAUUUGUAAACCUGUGUGGAAUGAUUUUGAAUGCAUACAUCAAUUUACCGACAUGUUUGCAGUUGGCUUGAAUGUUUAAGGGAAGGAGUAUUUGUAACUUUGAUUUUUAUGUUUUCAUUGUGCCCAUUCAUUUUAUAAAUGGUGUGAGUUAGCGAGUCAGAUAGGUGUUCUCUGAAAUGUUUUUGGUUUUUUCUUUUUCCUCAAGGGCAUUUUUUUCCCCUCAAAUUAUUAAUUACUUUUAAAGAAAUCAGUGCUGCAUGACAUGCAGACUUUGAUACGAUGUUCUUUCUUUGACUGAUAAUGGCACUUGGAAAUUACACAUUAUUAUGAGUUUUGGAUUUCCUUCUCACCCAUUAUAAAUUUGGUCAUAUUUUAGUUUGUUUGGAUUAUUUAAAUUUCAAUUAAUUCAACAGUAUGUAAUUACAGUAUGAAUUUAACCUCACAAGUAUAAUGGCUGUGAUGAAUUACUCAAAAAAAAAUUGAUGGUUGUGCUUCCUUUUGAAUUUUUAAUGAAGUUAAUUUUUUUUUUUUAAUGUAUUUAAUUUAAUGCUUUCUCCUCCCUUGUAAAUGCAAAGUCUUUACCUCGUGAGAUGCCAUUUGUGGUCUAAAGUUUCACAUCAUCUUUUGUUAUAAUAUACCCAUGUGACACAGCUCAGUGGUUGGACAUAGAACAUGUAUAAAGACAGGUUUAAUUGAAUUUUGGUUUUGGCUUUAAACCACAUGAAAUUUCAACUAAAGUAAACCGCAUUUAAUAAAACAGGAAAAGUCAUUUGUAUGCUAUAGUUAAUCAACGUGGGGGAUUUCCUGAUGGUCUCAUGUUUCUGUAUGUUCAGCCACAUGUAGCUUCAUGUUUUUACUCUCAUUGUACUCAUUGUAUCAUCGUGUGUCUGCAUUUGACAACACGCAUUAAGCUCCCAUUUAUUUAUUCUUUUGUGGUGUCAUUUUACCUGUGAUGAUGCACCUGAACCUUCGAACGGCCUCCGUCUUGUACUGCUCACAUGUACGAUCACUGAUUUGAAUGACAGCCAUACCUGUAUAAGCAGAUUAGAUUUAUCUGGUUUGUAGGGCUGCAGUGAACAUAACUGCAACUGUUUACUGUUUAUUACUUUGCAAAUUCUGGUCUGAAUGUAAAUACUCCUGUACAUAGCGGUUAAUGGACAUUUAAAAUGCUUAGACUACUUUUUUCCCUGAAGCUGAUAUUUUUAUUUUAUACAAUAUUUCUGAGUUGUCAUUUGGAAAAACAAAAAUCGCAGGAAGAGAAAAAAAAUAGUUUGUACCGUUUCAAGGACAUUGUCUUUGGUUACAUGUAAAUAGUUGUAUCUCAAAAUGAAAAAAAAAAAAGUUGCUACUUUCAUUAUA